AUCUGUUUAGUACUAAAAGAAAAAGGGAAAGGGGGAGGAAAAAAAAAAAAAAGGAAAAAAGCUGCGCUGAAUGUGAGAUCAUGCAAAAGCUAGCAAUCUAUGUUUAUAUUUACCUGUUCAUGCUGAUUUCAGUUGAUCCGGUGGCUCUUGAUGAUGGUAGUCAGCCCACAGAGAAUGCUGAAAAAGAUGGACUGUGCAAUGCUUGUACAUGGAGACAGAAUACAAAAUCUUCCAGAAUAGAAGCCAUAAAAAUUCAAAUCCUCAGCAAACUGCGCCUGGAACAAGCUCCUAACAUUAGCAGGGAUGUUAUUAAACAACUUUUACCCAAAGCUCCUCCACUACAGGAACUGAUUGAUCAAUAUGACGUCCAGAGAGACGACAGUAGCGAUGGCUCUUUGGAAGACGAUGACUAUCAUGCCACAACUGAAACGAUUAUCACAAUGCCUACAGAGUCUGAUUUUCUUGUACAAAUGGAGGGAAAACCAAAAUGUUGCUUCUUUAAGUUUAGCUCUAAAAUACAAUAUAACAAAGUAGUAAAGGCACAAUUGUGGAUAUACUUGAGGCAAGUCCAAAAACCUACAACAGUGUUUGUGCAGAUCCUGAGACUUAUUAAGCCCAUGAAAGACGGUACAAGAUAUACUGGAAUUCGAUCUUUGAAACUUGACAUGAACCCAGGCACUGGUAUUUGGCAGAGUAUUGAUGUGAAGACAGUGUUGCAAAAUUGGCUCAAACAGCCUGAAUCCAAUUUAGGCAUCGAAAUAAAAGCUUUUGAUGAGAAUGGACGAGAUCUUGCUGUAACUUUCCCAGGACCAGGUGAAGAUGGAUUGAAUCCAUUUUUAGAGGUCAGAGUUACAGACACACCGAAACGAUCCCGUAGAGAUUUUGGCCUCGACUGCGAUGAGCACUCGACAGAAUCCCGAUGUUGUCGCUACCCACUGACCGUGGAUUUUGAAGCUUUCGGAUGGGACUGGAUUAUCGCACCUAAAAGAUACAAAGCCAAUUACUGCUCUGGAGAAUGUGAAUUUGUAUUUCUACAGAAAUAUCCGCACACUCAUCUCGUACACCAAGCAAAUCCUAGAGGCUCGGCAGGCCCCUGCUGCACGCCCACCAAGAUGUCCCCCAUAAAUAUGUUGUAUUUCAAUGGAAAAGAACAAAUAAUAUAUGGAAAGAUACCAGCCAUGGUUGUAGAUCGUUGUGGUUGCUCAUGAGACUGUCGUGAGAUCCACCACUUCAUAAAUUGUGGAAGCUACCAAAAAAAGUUAUAUCCCCUCACCCAUCUUUGAAACUGUGAAGUUACGUGCGCUAGGCAUUGCCGACAUCAUAUGCUGUAUGAUAGCCUAUCAUACAGGCCAGAUUUAGAGCAACACAAGCUGCAGAAUGCGAACUAAAAGACAAUAGAGUUGCCUAAUGACUGGUUAUUAACCAGUGGAAAAAGAAAAUCUACAAUCAAAAUCACCGGAUUUAACCAAUGAGUUUCUUACAUUUUGAGGGAAUCAAUAUUCAGUCAUUCAGACACAAAUCCAUACGCAGGUUUCAACGUAUGUUUGUAAUCAAAAGCAAGCUCCUUCUCAUCUGCAAAUAGAAGGAGCAGGCUUUUAAAUCAAUUUCUUCACAGCUUCACUUGCUAUUGCAUUUACAGAAAAAUAUAUACCGGUAACAUAUACACCACUCCACAAUACCACCAGAAUCAUCCUUAAACACUUGAAUAUAUAGUGCAGAAUUGUGAAAUGCAUAAGACGAAAUUCCACGUAAAUGGACAAAUCCUGAAAUUAGGGAUGGUAGUGUAUUUAGCGUGUUUCCAUUCCUUUUUUUUCAUUAGUAUGAUAGUAAUCAAUGGCAAUGGUGCUACGUAAGCAGGCUGAGUAAAUAGAAAGAUAGUUAUCUAAGUGAAAGAAUUUAGAGUAAUAACGAAUUUGCCCUAUCCUCAGGUACACUAUUCAACAUUCGCAAGAAAUAGCUAUUUUUUAAAUGAAGGUGAAUAGUUUUCUAGAUGUAGUAAAACAAAAGGCAGCAGAGAAGUCUAACUUUCAAACCAUAAUCCCACAUCAUAAUCUGCCUUUGCAACAUUACCGUUUGCACUAUGAUAAACCAAUGCAAAUAGUUGGUUGCUACAGAUAUUGUUAAAAAACCACUUUGAUAUAACUGACUUGUGUAAUAUGUAUGCAUCAAUAUUUUGUAAAUAAAUGUUUAUUUUUUAAUCACUGUUGGUAUAUGUUCAUCACAAGAAAAGAAUGAUGUUAACCUGUACUUUAGUUUAAUAAACAAAAACCAAUAUUCUCUUCAUAAUAUAAUUUCCUGGUUUUUAACACUAAUAAUACAUAGGAACAAUGCAACAAAGCAAGCCAUAUGUUGGGAAUUAUACUACAUUUUAUAUGUUUUUUACAUUUGUAUGAGCCAUCUGUGGGUAAAUGGUGGGUGUUGACAUGUUUAUAAGGUUUCUUUGGAUUACUGUUUUUAUGGUCAGUUUGAUCCACAACUGAUUUUCCAUACUU